AUGUUGAGUAUUGCACCAGCCGUCAACUUAUCCCCAGCAAGAGGUGUUUCUAACAAGCUAUUACCCGGUGUAUUCGCCUUUUGUAUAGCAUCUACCCUCGGAGGUGAGACGGCAGUAGGAUUCUAUGUGCGCGGCUUGCAAAUCCCGCUUUGUGGCCCAAUCUCACGGCAACUCUUGGGCCAAGCUACACCUGAGGUAAUAGAUAUUGUCCUUCGAUCCCAACCUAUAAAAAGGCGUGAAAGAAUCACCCACCCUUUCCGUUCGGGGAUUGCCUUUCUCAGCGGCGACUCAACCCUUUUCUGUUGCUCUGGAGGCAACCCGCACGAAACAAAGGAUCACCAAAACGAGAACGGCGAUGAAUGCCAAUGGAAUUUAAGAAUAGAAGACAUGCAGAUGAGAGUGUAUCAGGGCCGUUUUAAGGUCUGUGAGCAACUGUAUAGGGAGUCAUACACUGAAGGUCAGCAGCUUGAUGUCAAUACAGUUCUGGCCCAGUAA